AUGUCCACCGUUCCACAUUCCACACUCCCGUCAGAUUACGUUACGAAAUACGCACCUACAGUCAAAUUCCACGGCGAUGAGCGCAACUUCCCUGCCAAUAUCGAGUUUCUGCUACUGGGAGCUACUCUGAAGAAGCGCGUAUGGCGACCGGCAGAGAUGGUCCCUAACCAGUCCACUGGCGUACCAGCAGUGGCUGUGUUGGAUGAUGUUAUCUACAUGCUUUAUACUGAUGACGACAUGGAGAUCUACGUGACUAAGAGCGCAGACGGUCAAAAUUGGACCGAAGCAAAGAGGAUCGGCCAGCAGACAGGUAUACCAGCAGUAACUGCCUACAAAGGCAAACUUUGGAUGGUCUAUACUGGUCACCACUCUUCGCAACUCUAUGUCACCUGCACCGCCGACGGCAAACAUUGGGAAGGCCCAAGGGAGAUUGCUGAUCAGAGGACUAGCGUUCCUGCUUUGACAGUCUUCGAGGAUCACCUAUUCAUUUGCUAUUCUGCCGCUCAUAGCUCUCAGUUGUACCAAAGUCAAUCAGAUAAUGGCUGGGACUGGUACAACCUCAAGGAGAUCGAUGGUCAAGGCAGCGACAUCCCUGCUAUCACAGUCGUUCCUGGGCCGGAUGGUGAUCAAUUGCUGAUGGUAUAUCCUUCCAACGAUAGGGGCGACGACAAUCAACUCUUGCAGACUCGCUACACGACUAGCAAGGGUUGGAGCGAUCCAAAAUGGAUCGACGGCCAGCAAGCUCAUCAGGUGGGCUUGACAACAUACAAUGGCACCGCAAUCAUGGCGUACAGUGGCAACCACUCAGCAGACAUGUAUGCAAGCACUUCCACCGACGGUGUCAACUGGCAAUUUUUCCAAAUCGCGGAUCAGCGAGCGCGAUCCUGGCCAGCUAUGUUCCCCUUCAAAGAUCGAACCUACAUGGCGUUCUCCGGAACAAGUUCCGCUAAGCAGAUCUGGGUCAGUUCCUGUACGGGUGCGAAGAUCACCCCUUCACCAGAUAAAGCAAAUCCGACGCAACAGGAUUUGGUCAAUUGUGCAGAUGACCCGGACUGGUGGAUCGAUAUCAACGAUGACAGAUGGCGGGCAGACAAUCAGCCUGCGGCCACAGCUAUUUACUAUGCGGUCCAAGAAGACGAUUCAAACUGGUACAUUCACUACAUAUUCCUCUACGCCGGCCAGCAUGGUCAGACUGUCAGAGGCGAGCGUGCAGGUACAGAUUUCAACUGUCAGCUGUGGACUGUUGGGGAACAUCCUGGAGACCUGGAACGUUUUAUGAUGACGAUCUCGAAGAUCAAUGUUGGUGAUGUUGUUAGUUGUCAGUUCGAAGCACAUGGGAACAAGAGAGACUAUGCUCCAGGCGAUUGCGAUUGGGACACCUCGGACCCUACGGACACUGGGAAGCACGCGAUCGUCAGUGCCGCAUUGAACAACCACAGUUGCUGGAACUUGAAGAUAGAGGGUGAUCAUCCAUACGAAGACAAUAUCACCGGUGUCGCCAUGAUUGGCAACUUCUUGGGCGGAAGCUACGGAGACGGCUCAAUUUGGUGGAAACCCUGGCAGACACCAGCGGAGUUCACUCAGCUCGGUCUUGAUCGAGAAGGCAAGCCAGUCAAUGAUCAGGUAUGGGCGACUUUCAGAGGGCGCAUGGGAGACUCUUACACAUGUGAUCUAAACGGCGGCACAUACUUCGGCGGUAGUAACCUCAGUACUUGGGAUUGGGAUUGGGUGAAAAUCGUUUGGGCAGGAGGGAAGAUCCUUGGAAAAAUCAAGACAGAUUUACAGCAGGCUGAUGGACCAAGAGGCCCAGGUGACAGAGAUUGGGUGCACUGCUCGAUGUAGGCGACCAGAGCUAUCUAACUGAUAGUGGUCUACUAUAGAUCAGACGAUCAUAUAACCUUGAUACCUUACUAUAACCUACGAGAUACCAACGUAACCUGCGCUUCUUCCGGAUAGCUCAUCAAGUUAUACCCGUGUGCUGAGUUCAGCAG